GCCCCCUACCGUGAGUGGGCGACAUGGACGUCAAAAUGUUUUGCAGCAGUGGCGCAAAACAAGCCUGCUUCACGGCAGCUGAGAGGUCGUUCGUGAACUGAGGGCCUGAGGAAGGUUAAAGUGACUCUGAACCGAACGGUGAAAUAUUUCUCUUCAGUUCCAAGAACCAUGCCGUUCGUUGACCUCCAGUCAAGGCUGGGUAUUAAUCUGGAUCAGUGGCUCUUGGCUCAGAGCGGGGAGCAGCCACAGAAGCGGGUCGCUCGCUGCCAUGCCUUUGAGAAGGAGUGGAUCGAGUGCGCCCACGGCAUCGGCCAGACCCGGGCCAAAACUGAAUGCAAACUGGAGCUGGAAGACUUCUACGAGUGCAUGCACCGGCGAAAGACUCAAGAGCGCUUGUAUGAGGUGCGUAAGCAGAGGGAGAAGAUGAUUAAAGAGGGAACUUACACACCUCCUCCACACCACACAGGCAAUGAGGAUGCCCGGCCCUGAAUCCAGCAACCCCCGUACAACCCCCCUCAGCACACUCAUACUGUUGUACAGGUGCUUCCUCACUCAUGUAUUAUAAUAUAAUUGCUGUGUCAAUACUGUUUAAUGUCCGUGAAAUAAAUAUAAUGAUUCCCUGUAA